AUGUCCACUCACACCAUCGUCAUUAUCGGCGCGUCCUUCGCUGGGCUCAGCGUUGCCCAUGGUUUGCUGAAGACUGUCCUCCCCCAACUGUCCAAUGGAGGCAAAACCGCCUACAAGGUCGUUCAGAUCGCCCCUAACGACGAGUUCUACUGGAAAAUUGGUGCCCCUCGAGUCAUUGGAAACCCAAAGUCCCUGCCCCUUGAGAAGGCCCUGAUCCCCAUUGCACCCGGCUUCAAGGCCUACCCGAAGGAGCAGUACGAGUUCAUCAAAGCUUAUGCCACCUCGAUUGACCCUUCGAGCCGAACUGUCCACACCAGUACCUCGGACGCCGUUCACUAUGAUUCCCUCGUCAUUGCUUCCGGUACCACCUUUGCAAGCAACCUAUGGUCCGUCUCAGACGGCACUGAGCCUCUGAAGGCCGCCAUCACCGAAAUCCACAAGAAGCUCCCCAAUGCACAAUCCAUCCUGGUUGCUGGCGGAGGCGCUGCGGGUGUAGAGACCGCAGGCGAGCUUGGAGAAGUGUACGGCGGGAAGAAGGAAAUCACACUGUUGUCUGGAAGUGCUUCGCUGCUUUCCCGACUCUCCAACAAGAAGAUGGGCCAAGAUGCCCAGUCUCGGCUUGAGAAGAUGGGAGUCAAGGUCGUCAACAACAGUGUCCGAGUUGUUGAGCACACCACACAAGGGGCAAAGGAGGUGUUGAAGCUGAGCAACGGAGAAACCAUGACUGUUGAUGUCUACAUCGAGGCUACUGGUGACAAGCCAAACAGCAAAUUCGUCCCUCAAGAGUGGUUGGACGACGCGCAAAGGGUUAAGACGGAUCCCCAUACUCUCCGUCUGGAUGUUUCCGGUGUCACAGGCGUUUACUGCAUUGGAACCGUCGCUAGCUACUCAGAUGGCACCAUCCUCGAUGUCAAGUUCGCAACACCAGCCGUGUUGGAAAGCAUCAAGUUGGAUCUUCAAGGCAAAGGUGGCCCUCGCACCAACAAAAUCUACAAGAAGAUUACUAGCGACAUGCAAUUCGUUCCUAUUGGGUCUCAAGGAGGCGUUGGUGUUGUCUUCGGCUUCAAGCUCCCCAGCUUCCUGGUUAAGAUGGCCAAAUCCAAGGAUUUCAUGAUUGGCAAUGCUCUUAAGACAGUCGAAGGCACUGCUUGA